AUGUUUCUCACAAGGUCAGAAUACGAUCGAGGUGUAAACACAUUUUCACCGGAAGGACGUUUAUUUCAAGUUGAAUAUGCCAUAGAAGCCAUCAAGUUGGGCUCCACCGCAGUAGGAAUACAAACAAGCCAAGGUGUUGUAUUGGCCGUUGAAAAACGCGUGACCUCACCGCUCUUGGUAUCGAGUAGCAUUGAAAAAAUCAUGGAAAUUGAUAAACAUUUGGGAUGUGCUAUGAGCGGUUUGACUCCUGACUCGAGAACAUUAAUCGAUCAUGCGAGAGUUCAAGCGCAGAAUCAUAAAUUCACUUAUAAUGAGAUAAUCAAAGUGGAGUCUGUCGCGCAAGCUGUAUGCGAUUUGGCUUUGAGAUUUGGUGAAAGUGCCUAUGGGGAGGAGUCAACUAUGAGUAGACCUUUUGGUGUAGCAUUGCUGAUUGCCGGAAUUGAUGAGAAAGGACCGCAAUUAUUUCACACCGAUCCAUCAGGCACUUAUGUGCAAUAUGAUGCUAAAGCCAUUGGAUCUGGGUCAGAAGGAGCCCAAACAGAGUUGCAAGAAGAAUAUCAUAAGUCUCUCACAUUGGAAAAUGCCGAAACUUUAUCCCUAAAAGUGUUAAAACAAGUGAUGGAAGAGAAAUUAAAUAACACUAAUGUUGAACUUGCGGCCGUGACUCCUGAACAUGGAUUUAGGAUUUAUAGUGAAGCUGAGUUGCAGACAGUAAUCGAUAGACUGUGA